GGCUUCUUCCAUCUCCAACAACAAUCUAACCUACCUGACCUUGCCUACCACCUACCUAUGCUCCGAACGAGAGCACAUGCCACUCGGUGAUCUCUCCACGCCUCAGCACUACCCAAAGCAGCGGCAUCAGCAAUAUCUCCAGCGCCGUCGGGUGCCCAUAACAGCAACGGCAGCAGCAGCAGUAGCAGUAGCAUCAGCAGCAGCACGAGAAAGACGAUUGCUAUUGCUACCUGACUGGGGAGCUCCUCGCGCGCGCAGAAACGCUGUGCUAUCGCUACCAACACCGUGGCGAGCAACUUCACGCGACGAAUCACGACGGGCCCAGCGAUACUCGGCGCAGCAUCUACUCUGUUGGAAACAGACCGCCUUCGUCUUUGGGCGCAUUGCGGUUUACAAGAACCACGUAGCGAGUGGUCGACUGCCAACCGCAGUCGUACACAGUAUUAUUAUUGUGCAGUGGUAGUGGGGGUGCUUCUGUCUGCGUCAUCCGCCCCGGGCGCUCGCCUGUUUGUGCUCGCGACCCUAGAACUAGUCCUAUCCUAGUGUUGGCGCUAAGACGCCGCUCUGCAGAGCGUGUGCCACGCUCUCUCGGCGCAUCAACCAUCGGCCCUCACUUCGGCCUGCCUACAGCUCGCCCUUGCUUCGCCAGCUGCACAUCCAGUCCAACAAACAACGCUCCUGCGUCCCAGCCUGCGUGCACGCAAGAACAGGGUUCUCCAGCUCGACCGCAAGCUUAUCUGCGCUCUGCUAAACUUUGGGAUCGUGCAGCGCAGCGCUCCGUCCCUGGUCACGGGCUAUUCGAUUCUCCACUUCAUCACCGAGCGCGCGCGCGAGGCAGAGAGCGCGAGAAAGAGAGAGAGACAGAGAGACAGCGAGACAGAGAGCGAGCUCAGCGUACCCACCCCGCGACACCCUCGUCCCAUCCAUGCGCAUAUCGCAGCGCGCAACCCUCCGAGUAUCUCCAGCGCCUCACCGCCACCGGCGCGCGCAGGCUCAGCUCAGAGACCGCACCGCCUGAUACAGCGUUGGCUGUGCGACGAACCCGAAUCGACUCGACGUGCUCGAUGCCAGGCAGCGGGAUGUAAUGCUGGCUGUGUCGCAUCGGAGCUUCGAAGCAUCAUCUACUUCACAAGCCGGUCUGGCCAUGGAAGACACGGGCACAAUCAAUCCAGCAGCUUUGAAUGCGCCUGCCAAUACCAUCUCCCCCAACCUACUCUCGACGUCCAGCCCGCGCGGUCAGAAGCGCAGUCGCACGCCAGAUUCGUACGCAACGCCCGGUGUCAAGACGGAAGGCGAUGACGCCAAGACCAACAAGAUACGCAAACUGAAGGCAGAGCAAAGUCCAGCGCCAUCCAACAUGACGAGAGCCGUUCCCCACCACCCGGUGCAAACACCACAUAUGAGAACAACAUCAUUAUCACAUGUAUCUCCCGCCCAGGCUUCACCCACACGAUCCACUCCAGGUUCAACAACAAAACCUCCUGUGAUCAAGGCGCUGCCCACGGUCAGAGACCAUACCACAGAUCAGCUUGGACCGCAAGGCGAUGAAUACAUCCCACGUGAGAUUGACGACUCGGGAGAGACGAAAGUUUCCCAAGAUGGGUAUCCCCUCGGGGAACGCAAGUACCGAUGUCGGACGUUCAACGUCCCCAAUCGUGGUGACAAGCUGUUCAUGCUCGCCACGGAAUGUGCGCGUGUACUGGGCUACCGCGACUCAUAUCUACUUUUCAACAAGAACAGGUCGUUGUACAAAAUCAUCGCGAAUCAAGCCGAAAAGGACAACUUGAUUCACCAAGAGAUCCUGCCAUACUCCUAUAGGUCCCGGCAAAUUGCCAUCGUCACAGCUCGAUCGAUGUUUAGGCAGUUCGGGAGCCGUUUGAUUGAAGGCGGCAGACGCGUUCGGGAUGACUACUGGGAAGCAAAGGCUAGAAAACAAGGCUUCACCGAGGACGACCCGGCAGGAGAAAAGCGCCCAGGAGCUGCGAGGGCCCGUGAGUUGGCUGCUGCAGAGGCUGCAGCAAACCACGCCAAUGCGUUGAACUCUCUGCCACAGCAUGGCGAGAUCAUCUAUAAUAACGCCGGGCUGGAUGGUGGGCCACCAGGCCUGGGGCAGGUGUCGCUUGCUCCAUUGCCCAUGAUUCACCUACCUAGUGAGGACCUCCGACCCAGUGCGACUGGUGGCAUUGUCCGGCCACGACAGGAAGUCACUGGUCCAGCGUACAUGGACGCCACCAGAUCAAGUGCACCUGCCGAGAUCAUGACGCAAGCUGUAGGAGCAGCCGACUUCAAUAAGCAAUUGGCUGCGCAGCGCGAUCAUCGUCGUCAGUACUUGCAAAAUUAUUGGGAGCGUCCUCAUGAGCAGCAGACGACAGAAUCGCAGACUGAACAAGCCGGUUCCAGCACUGUUGCGCCACAGAAUUUGCAAAGUCCGCAAAAUGUAUCUCAACAACAACGACAGGAAGCGCCACAAGCAUACUCUGCCUACCAGAACCCGCAGAAUGCUAUGCCCUCGCCCGUCCAAACGAUGCACCGAGGGGCUCCCGGGCCCGUGCAUCACGGAUCACCGUCGAUGGCCGUGAGUUCGCAGCAUCGUCAGACUCCCUCGUAUUCUGGAUAUCCUCCCGCCCAAAUGUGGCCACCACCCCAGCCGCAACCAUCACCACUCGGUCAGUCACACAUGUCUGGGUAUGGUCAGUCACAGCCGCCACAGCAGCAGCAGCAACAGCAGCAGCCACAACAUCACUCCCAGAUGCCCCCGCCACAGAUGCCGGGUCAAGGGAUGAGCUACGCUCAGCAGCUCGGUCAGAUGAACUCGGCCGCGUACAGUGGCAUGAACAGGAGCAUGUAUCAGCCCAACCCAAGUCAGUACAUGGGCGGACAGGCUCAGUCUGGCGCAGGACCUCAGCCAGGCAUGCAAGGAUGGUCCGGUCCUGGCAACAAUAUGCCUCAGAAUUACGGCUACCAAUGAUACCCAUGAGACGAAUGGCCACAUGUGGCGCAGAUACCAGAGACUGGGCUCGGUCAUACCCAUAGAUCCAUACCCUUACAUUUCUUGUGCAUGCUUGGAUUACUCGAGGUUUUUACAGCAUCUUUACCCCUUGGACCCGAACGUUGCGCGCCUUCCAUUUGAGCUGUCUGGCCACCGCGACAAUCACAUCAUCAAUAACAACAUCGAUAUCACCGCUGCACUGUCCUGCGAUAGGUAAACACGGAUGGCUUGGGCCUUGACAUUAUCUAUUCUCAUGGUCGGCUCUCUGCUGUUGCAUACGUUCAAGGACAUGGGGGUUUUUGCAUAGGCCUCGUGUGGUCCAGGAGGCUUCCGUAGUUGUAAUCGCUUGCAUCAAUAUGGCAUAGCGGAUUGAUUUUGAUUCGAAAGUGGUGACGAUACCCAGAUUGCUUCAUGUUGUUUUUUUUUUCUCUUUGGCGCUUUGGCAUAAACCCUCGACUCAGUGCUGCGUUUCCGGUCGCAUGGGUUGUCAGUAUGGAGGGACGAAUGCGAGGCAAGUCGGCAUGUUCAGGCAGGGCAAUGGUAGUGAUAGAGCAGGUGAAAUUUCCCGUGGUGCAAGGUCGUGUACUUCUUUCUCG